AUGUCCAGAGAAGAAUCCAAUAGUGACGAUGAACAUCAAUUGGCAGUAAAAGCUGAUCCAAAAUACAUCAGAGAACAGAAAUUGGUCAGUUUUAAUAAAGAAACAUCUCUUGCCAUCAAGGAAUCUCUUUCCAAAGUGGCAAAAUACAUAGGAGGAUUCAAACUAUGGCCUCUGUUGAAUGAUGACUGUAAAAGAAUGGUUAUCGAUAAUUUGGAUUACAAAAUGAGAUGUCGUCUUGCUAUUACAUCAAAAAAGCACUAUGCAUUGAUUAGUGUUCAUCCCAUCCAUAUUCAUUCAAUUGCAUUUACAGAUGUUUCUAUUCCUCUACUAUCCCCCUCAUUUCAGACUUUUCAGAAAUCAGUUAUGGUUGUCAUUGAAUUCGAAAAGGACGCCAAUCAAAAGUACGAAAUAAUGUUUAGUGAAGCUGGAAAUAGUAAUUAUCAUGAAGACGCUGUUGAAAUGGUUGAAAGAUUCAUGAAAAUUUCUCAGUAUGGAAUUUCAACACUUCGAGUUGCAAUGAGAAAAUAUCCACUGGAGAAAAGCCGAAUAAAAUUUCUUCCAAAUGUCAAACAAGUAUUCAUGAGUUUGAAUGACGACAAUCUAAUCAAGUGGUGGCUUUCCAAGGUCCCAAAAGAUUUGGAUGAGUUUCAACUGAUACCGAGAGACUAUAGUCCCAUCUUGAGCUCAAUUUCAACAGAAAUGCUUGCCCUUCCUCAGAUUGUUUGUUGCAAGAAACUGUGCAUAUACGAAUGCUAUAAAUUUUUGAAUGGCGAUUUGCUGAAACUUCAAGCACGCCGUAUCAGUCUCAACAUUCAGCACGUUUCCGAUACUGAAAUCAAUCAGUUCCUUAUUGUAAGGAAUAAAAAUAAUGUUUCUGAAAAAAUUAAAUUUUUUCAGAACUGGCAAAACGGGAAAUAUGUAGAUGGUUUCAAAGAAGCUUGUUUCUUUUCUACCAAAAGAAGAGAUCUCCGGAUAUUGUUAUCAGGAAUCGAGAAUAUAAUUAUGUGGGAUGACGAUUUCAAAGAAGAAAAUUCAGAGAUCUAUGCAAUAUUGAAACGGCGUUGUUUUGUUAAAACUUGCAUUCAAAUUCCAAGCAAACUGAAUUCAUUCAAUAGUAUUACUGCCAACUUCGAUAACCACAUGAUUAAUAUUUUUGCCACUGGAAAGGCAAUGAAAAGGGAUGGAAAACAAUAUACUCGCUACCGUAUGCCGUAA